AUGGCGGACAUGCCCAAGGAUCUGAAGGAGCAGAUCGACAAGCUGGAAGACAUGUUUGUCGUUCCCACAGACAAGCUGAAGAAGAUUUCGGAUCACUUCGUCGGCGAACUCGAGAAGGGCUUGUCGGAACAGGGCGGAAGCAUUCCCAUGAUUCCCACCUGGUGUAUGGCCUUCCCCGAUGGCAACGAAACCGGCAGCUACCUCGCCCUCGACAUGGGCGGUACCAACCUGCGUGUCUGCGAGGUUACCCUGACAGAAGAGAAGGGCGAGUUCGAGAUCAUACAAUCAAAGUACCGCAUGCCCGAAGAGUUGAAGACCGGAACCGCCGACGAGCUCUGGGGCUACGUCGCCGACUGUCUUCAGCAGUUCAUCGAAUACCACCACGAAAACGAGCAGCUCGACCAUCUGCCCCUCGGUUUCACCUUCUCAUACCCCGUCUCGCAAGACGCCAUCGACCACGGAGUUCUCCAGCGGUGGACCAAGGGCUUCGAUGUAGCCGGCAUGGAGGGUGUCGACGUCGUACCAGGCUUCAAGGCCGCUCUCGAAGAGCGUGGUGUACCCAUCAAGCUUGCCGCUCUGGUCAACGACACGACCGGUACCAUGAUCGCUUCUGCCUACACCAACACGAGCAUCAAGAUUGGCUGCAUUUUCGGUACCGGCUGCAACGCUGCCUACAUGGAGGAGUGUGGCGCCAUCCCCAAGUUGAAGCACAUGAACCUUGACCCCAAGCUGCCCAUGGCCAUCAACUGCGAGUGGGGAGCCUUUGACAACGAGCACCAGGUCCUCCCAAGGACAAAGUACGAUGUCAUUGUUGACAAGGAGUCACCACGACCUGGUCAGCAAUCUUUCGAGAAGAUGGUCGCUGGUUUGUACCUUGGCGAGAUCUUCCGUUUGGUUCUCCAGGAUCUACACAAGGGUAACGAAUGCCACAUGUUCGAAGGCCAAAACGCUAGCAAGCUCGACAAGCCUUACUCGCUUGACGCAGGUUUCCUGUCUUCAAUUGAGGAGGACAGAUUCGAGAACUUGCAAGACACACACGAUCUCUUCCAGGAGAAGCUCGGCCUCGAUUGCACCAAGCCCGAACUUGAGCUCAUCCGCCGCCUCGCCGAACUCAUCGGUACGCGUGCUGCCCGUCUUACCGCAUGCGGUGUCUCCGCCAUCUGCAAGCACAAGAAGUGGGAUGAAGUUCACGUCGGUGCUGAUGGCUCUGUCUUCACAAAGUACCCACACUUCAAGGUCCGCCAAGCUCAGGCGCUCAAGGAAAUUAUGGGCUGGCCGAACAAGUAUGGCAAGGGCAAGGGCGACCCUGUCGAGGUCCUCCCCGCUGAGGACGGUUCUGGUGUCGGUGCCGCCCUCAUCGCCGCGCUUACUGUUAAGCGCGUGCAGCAGGGUCAGUUGGCUGGAAUCAGAGACGCCGACACUCUUUUGUCCAUGGUCCCAAAGAAGAAGUAG